GCGCGCGCGGCGCACGCGGCGACUCGCUAGCGCGACCACAGCGGCGCCGGUGCACGACGCGCGUAGUGCACUCUGCGACCUUCUCGCACCUCGCACCAGUUACCGCGGCAAGCGAUCCCGGCGCCACCGACCACGCCGUAAACGUGACACAAUACUACUCUACUCUGUAAACAAAAACAGAACACUCUCAGGAGCUCACCGCAUAGGAUCUACCUUACAAAAUUAGUAAAUAUGUUAUUGAACAAAGCUCUUCAGUUGGCCAUGUUGGCGGCCGCAGUGCUACUAAAAAGCAGAACAGAAGCAGCCACCUCGCCCGUGGUAAAGUUCUGCGGUAGACAACUCAGCGAGAUCAUGAGCAGAGUCUGCCACGCUUACAACAGUCCUUGGGACACACCUACAGUAGUGGAACAACCUGGCUCUGUAGUCAGAAGAAGACGGCAAGUGGAGAAUGGCAUAGCUGAUGAAUGUUGUAAUAAUGGUUGUACGUGGGGACAGCUCAGUGAAUACUGCUCCAUUAGUACCAAUUCGGAGUCGCCAUUGGAAGACACGGAAGCUCACAUCAUAGCAGAUAGAUCAGCGGAGCAGGGGGUGUCAGUGACGAGAGUUGUGUCGACCGUGACUGCAACACCAGCGUCGGUAGGCAGCGCUGGGUUAGCGGGGCGCGCGGCGGGGGCGCGGGGCCGCACGCGGAGCCGCGGGUACGGGCGCGCACGAGCUCGGGGCCGCCGUUGUUGGUGCCGGCGCAAGCGGCGCUCGGGCCGACGGCGAUCCUCUCUCAUGGGUAACAUGGACCUGGACCUGGACCCCAAAAGAAAUGUAGCACGCGCUGCUCCCGUGGUGGGCACCGUAUCGCCUCUAAUCACGUGGGGCCGGACACUCAACACUGACUUCUCGACGGCCAGCCGAGACCAAUACGCGUACGUCGUCUACGCACAAUAAAACCUCACGGUUGUCACCAACCGUUGACGACGACAUCUACAACUCGUGAGGACUGAGUUCAUAUCGCUCGCAACAAUAAGACGACGUGGUAAGGUACAAUGUUUUAGUGUUCAUUAUUAUGUAACGUUCAUAUUUUAAGUAUUCUUUCCUACGCAGUGUCAAUUAGAUUAGGAACGACAUUAUUAUGUCGACAAUCAAGUGUUCCACUUUAAGUAUACUUUUUAAUGUAUUCCAAGCAAUAGAUCACAAAGUAUACUGUACUUCAAUAGGUUUUUACAAAUCUACUUAAUCGAAUUGCUAAUGUUUAUUACAAGAUUUUUGUAUUAUAUAAAUAUUGUCAUAUCCAGUAGUUUAGUAAAUGUGACGCUUAAUCUUCACAAAUCUGUUUUCUUGUGCCAGCAAUGUUAUGACAAUACGCCAAUUUUCCGUUCUCUUUGUCCGAGUAUCUCCAUAGUUAAUUAAGUGAUGUUAUUAUUAUAGUACCUAUGCAGUAAAGUUAGCUCUCUAGAUUUAUUCUGAUAUUCGUAAACGCGUAUGAGCGUUCAAAUAGAAAGGAAAAUUGACUAUUCUUAAAUUAUUUGUUGCAAUAAAAAUUGACAUUUGCCAUAAUAGCCAUCCAUUUAAUAAUUUAUUAUUGUCUUAGAUGUGUACUAUAUGCUACCAAUAAAUCUCCUACCAUUUAAGAAUUAACGAUCUCUAAAACAUCUGUGAUAACUCCAACUGAUAAAAAUAAAUCAUUAAUUUAUGAAUUUUAGUUAUGUCAGCAUACUAGUUGAAUGUAUCUUCUUGUGUUAGACAGUGUAUGUAUUUAGAGUUUAAGUAGUUCUAUGUUCAGAGUGGACACUUGUAUAUUAGCAGGUAAAUCUGUCCGAGGCUAAUGUGUACAGAGUAGGAAACAAGUGAGCAUCAGCCCUCAGACUGGUUUGCCAUAUGCUUGAACAUGCUGCUACUGUGACUGAACUGACUGACUAGGUGGAUGCUGUAUUAAAAUUGUCAUUUAUUUACA